UUUAUUUUAAUGACUGAAAAGUUACUCAUCAUUCACAAAGUAGCAACAUUGUAGUGAAAACACACCGUCAACAGCUCUCCACCCACAUUUGUAUUCUGCCGAAAAUCAACGAGUGGCUGCGAUUCUUCUGGAAUAUUCUAAGAAUAGUUAUAAGAACUCUCACAGCCGAAAGAACAGAAAACAUUUAUUUCCGCUUCAAGAAUACAGGUGCUCGUGGGCUGUUCCGACUACAGUUAUUUGAGAUGGCUGACUCCAAAACAUUGAAGGAAGAAGGAAACCAGCUUUUCAAGGAUGGCAAUAUCGACAAGGCUUUAGCCUGCUAUACACAAGCUCUGGAACUCGGGCCCUUGAAGGAGGCAGAGAAGUCAGUCUUACACAAAAACAGAGCAGCUUGUUAUCUGAAGAAGGAGGAGUAUGAGAAGGUUAUUGAUGAAGCAACAAAGUCUCUUGAUCUGACUCCCAGUGACCCUAAGGCUCUGUUCAGACGUUGUCAGGCAUAUGAAAAGCAGGACAAACUAGAAGAAGCUUUCCGAGAUGCUGCAGUUGUCAUGAAAAUAGACCCCAAGAAUACAGCUGUCAUGCCCAUAUUUAAGCGGCUUAAUCCAAUAAUCCAAGAGAGGUCUAAGACCCGUGACAGCACAGUCUCAAGAGUCACACAGAUGUUCAACUUUGCUUUUGACAAAACAGUGGAACUUGAAAAGCGGAAACAGGCCCUGAACAACCUGAUCGUGUUAGCCAGAGAAGAGACAGGAUCAGAACUGAUCUGUCGCGAGAAUGGCAUCGUAAAGCUGAUGGCAGUGUUGGAGGAAAGUCAGCUGGAGAUUGUUCAGGCCGCAAUCCGAGUCCUCUCACUCCUCAGCAAAGAAAGCAUGAAAAGGUCCAAGGCAAUAGUAGAUAUUGUGUCAGUACCCAAGAUUCUUCGUAUGUUGGGAUCUCCAAAUGCAGAAAUCUCGGACUCGUCGGCAGUGUUGUCUGGGAACAUCAUCACCUACUACACCGGGGUGGACAAGCACCGUGAAGCUGUCAAGAAGUAUGAGGCUGAACGGAAGAAAGGCGAGCGUGUCAGAUUCCCCCAGUUUCAGAUUAAGGAAGACGAUGAAAGCUUCGUUGACCAAGUGUUCCUGCUUUUGAUUAACAUGGUUGGCAAUGGGAAGGUAUCUGCAGUUGGGCGAGACAAUGCCAUUGAACUACUCAUCAAACACGUCACCUGGAAAGAAGGCGUCAACUGGACCAACAAGUUUAUCAAACACGAAGGUGUUGACAAGCUCCUGACAGUGGCCGGCACUGUGAAGGAGUAUCAUACACUUCCUGUCACAGAGAAUACACGCAUGCAUGCCUCCGUUGCCCUGUCUAAGAUCUAUGAUGACCUUAGCAGUGACGGUUUGAGAGACAAGUUCAAGGACCAGUGUACAGCAUUUUUCAAGGAACUGUUUAGUGAAGAAGACAUGGAAUCAAAGGUCGAGGCCAUUGAGGGAAUCUCCACCUUGCUACAGGGUCCAUUUGAAGUGGGCAACUUGAUCUUGGGUACGCAGGGAGUCACCCAGAUCAUGUUUGCCCUGGCCAACAGUGAGAGCAGGCUCCACCAGAGAGUUGCAGUUGAAGCUAUAGUCAAUUCAGCCUCAAAGAAGGAGCGAUGUUCUGGAAUCCUGAAAGAUGCUGUGCCCAUUCUGAAGGGUCUGUACCAGUCUGCCGAUGAUCACAUCAGGGUCCGAGCUCUUGUGGGUUUAUGCAAACUGGGCAGUUUCCAUGGCAGUGAUGCCAGUGCCAGGCCAAUGGCUGAUGGAUCCAGCUUGUCACUGGCCAAGUCUUGCAGAAAAUUUUUGACGAACCCCGCUAAAGAUGUUGACCUGCGGAAGUGGGCGACGGAGGGGCUGGCGUACCUCACCCUGGACGCGGAUGUCAAGGAGGAGCUGAUAGAUGACAUAGAUGCCAUCAAUUCCAUCUUCGAUAUAGCUAAGGUUAAAGAAAAGAACGUGGCCUACGCGGCCAUCACUAUCAUGGUGAACCUCACUAACAGCUACGACAAGCAGGAAGUUAUGCCGGAACUCAUCGAGCUGGCCAAGUUCUCCAAGCAACAUGUUCCUGAAGAACAUGAAAAGGACAAGAUGGAGUUUGUGCAGGCUCGCAUCCAUAAGCUGGCAAAGGCUGGAGCUGUAAAUGCCUUGGUGGCGCUGUGUACCACAGACAGUAACAACAGCAAGGAGCUGAUAGCCAGAGUUUUCAUGAGCGUUGCCACUGAGGAAAACCUGCGUGGUCUCAUUGUGCAGCAGGGAGGGGCGAAGGUGCUGCUACCACUUUCCCUGAAGAGCACAGAGGCAGGAGAGAUUCUGGCGGCCCAUGCUCUCGCCAAGAUUGCUGUAACCAUGAACCCUGAAGUAGCCUUCCCUGGCCAGAGAAUGUAUGAGAUUGUCCGCCCAUUGGUCAGCUUGCUCCAUAUAGACAGGAGUGGGCUGCAAAAUUUUGAAGCCCUCAUGGCACUCACUAAUCUUGCUUCAGUCAGCGAUUCUGUCAGAAAUCGCAUUGUAUCUGAGAAGGGAAUUCCAGCUAUAGAUAAUUACAUGUACGAGGAACACGAAAUGUUGAGGCGGGCAGCUACACAGUGCAUGUGUAACCUGGUCAUGAAUGAAAAGGUGAUUAAACUGUAUGAAGGGGACAAUGACCGUGUCAAGCUGAUGGUGUUGUUCUGUGGUGAGGAAGACCCAGAGUUGAGACUGGCAGCCGCUGGUGCCAUUGCUAUGUUGUCAUCACUGCCGACAAUAGCCAAGAAGAUGAUAGAGGUUAAAGGGUGGUACGAGAUCAUCCAGGGACUGGCUGUGGAGGAAGAUAUCAAACUUCAGCACCGGGGCUGUCACAUCCUCAGAAACAUGAUGGUGGACCGAGACACCGCCGAGAAGAUUGUAGCAUCCCAGGACUUUGAAGUGUUGAUGGCUAUUACUAUAUUGAAAGAUCCCCAGCGUGAGGCUGCAACAACGUGUGCAAAAGAGGCUCUGGAAUUGGCAGAGGAGCAUGGUCUCAUCAAAUCCAAGGCCUCCAUAGAAACACUGGAGGAAGAGGAGGAGGAUUGAGGACAGGUGUCUGUACAACAGCUUCUCUUGUAAACGCAUGAAGGAUGUUUCAGUUGAAGUUCCCUGGCAUGACCAGCGUAGGAUCCUGCGAGAAAAGUGCAGUUCCUGUGAUUUUGCAUUGUUCCUGGAGGAAGAAAUCUGAGUCAUACUGUGACAUAUAUUGAUGUCUGCUUUCUCUCAGUAUGUUUAGAAGACAAUAGUUCUUUGGAAAACAUCAUCUCAGGGGCUUGUUGAUGAGCAGAACUGAAAAUAUUUUCAUCCUUGGUCCAACUGUACAGUUGUCCAUUGCUUGUCUAGGAAACAAGACUGAAACAGUGUUGAUCUUGUGACAAAACAGACAUGAAUGUUCCAAAAAAGCUGGAGUUAUCCCAAGACAAAUAGUAUGUGCAAUAUAUGUGAUCAUGUUUUAGUGUGCUACGGAGAUCAUUUAAAACAGUUUAACCUUAAAGGAUGUGGAUUAGGUCUUCCAGUGCCACACUGACAACCUCCUUCCCACCAUGAACCUGGACCACAGGGAAUCGAACAUGGUUCCAACACUUUCAGGAAGAUGUGUACAGUUCUGUUCACCAGAACACAUGGAGAACCAUUUCUUUCAGCAAGGUGUAUUCAGUUGCCUUCAAUAGCAGGUAAUCAGCUGUUCAGUAGUUGCUGUUUUUAUAUGGAGGGAAAAGAUUCUUUAAUAUGAAGCAAAUAUGUGCCAUGAAAUGACUUAUUUGUCUCUUACUAAAGUAUGGAUGAUACUAUGUGAAUAGUUGUAAUGCAGUAUUGUGAUCAGUUGUCAAACGAUUCUCUUGUAUAAUUUAUGGUAUUGUAUGUUAACGCUGGAAUCAUGUUAAGAUAUACAAGUAUUAUGAGAAAACAAACCGAAUUGAGAGAUCUUGAUAUAGAUAAGCAAUUAAUAUCGUUGAAAAUGUACCAGAUACAUUAAGUAUAUUUGUUAUGUUAGAUGUUAUAUAUUCAUUCACAUUAUCUUUUAAUAAGAUAAUGAAUUGGAACAUAUCAUCACAAUUUGUCUAUAUAUUCAUUGUGAACAACCUACCAUGACUUCCAGAUCAAAGACAAAUGUUUUGUACUAUUCAGUGCUAUGUGCAUGAGGUGGAAGCCAUUUUACUUUCUGUCAUUAAUAAGAUCACUUGAUGUCAGUGUAUUUUGCUCAUCAGAUUUUGUCAUGUGAAAUAAUUUUACAGAAAUUAAUAUGAUGCCCUUGAGGUAAUCCUGGAUUCAUUUAAAUGGAUUAUAUUGGUCUCUUGUUUCA